AUGGCCACGCUGUGGCAGUUAAAACCGUCGCGUCAGCUGUUGUCUCAAGUCAGUCGCAUGCUCAAGUUGAAUCGUGUCCAGGAACUCAUCUUCAGUCUAGCACUCACGCACGCGCUCAAUGGCAACCUGGCAAAGCAGGCCCUUAUUUGGUUUCGCCACAAGCUACGGACAUUUAUUCAACUUCAAGUCAAAUCUAGUAAGCGCUCUUCUUAA